AUCCUUUGUAAACCAACUCCAUUAGAAUCAAAUCAUCUUCAAGAUAAAGAACUUCUAGCUGGUCAAGAUUAUUUACAUUUACAUCCAGUCUCAGAUACUGUAUUUUUUAUAUUUACAAAAGGUAUAUUUGAUAAUGAACAGAUUCAAUAUGCUUCAUUAUUAAUUGAUUGUUAUGAUUUAGCUGAUAUAGUUCCAGUCAAUAAAGUAAAUUUCACUUUACAACACUUUCAACAAAAGGAUCUAUUGAAAUAUCUAUAUCGAUUUCGUAUCACUGUAGCUAUCUCUGAUCAAAAUGAUAAUAUACCUAUAUUUAAACAAUCCAAAUAUUAUAUUAAAAUACCAGAACAUUUAUCAGAUGGUUCAUAUAUUACUGAAAUGAAAGCACAUGAUUUAGAUAAAGAAGAUCCAGAUCAUUCGAAGUAUUCCAGACAUCCACAAGAAUAUGAACAACCAUUUGAAAUUGAUCCAUUCAAUGGUAUCAUUACAGUAUUACAUAAUCAUUUAUUAGAUCGUGAACAAAUUGAAUAUUUUUAUUUAAAUAUAUUAGCUAUAGAUAAAGGAAAUUUAAUGACUCAUACACAAUUAAUUAUACAAUUAAUCUAUAUUAAUGAUCAUUUACCAAUAUUAUAUAAUAAUAAUAAUCAUAUCAAUAUUGAUUUUCUUGAAAAUCAAAAAAUCAAUACUUUUAUUGAUUUUAUACAUUUAAUUGAUUUAGAUAAAGAUUCAAAAAAUUCAAUGAUACAUUUAUUAUUAGCGAUAUUGAUUAAUCAAUUAAUUAUUGAUCGUGAAAAAAUCGAUAAAUUUUUUUAUCGAAUUAUUACAUAUAAUACUGAUAAUAAUAUGAAUAAUAUAAAAUCAAUAAAUAGUAUCACAUAUACAUUCACUAUAAAUAUAUUAGAUGAAAAUGAUAAUAUACCAUUAUGUAUAUAUCCUAUUUAUAAUCGUAUUAUUGGUGAUUAUGAUCCAGAUCAAAAUCAGGAUCUAGAUCAAGAUCAUUAUGAUCAUGAUCCAGAUCCAAAUCAUUCCAUAAUGAUUCAUACAAAUACACCAAUUUAUACAUUCGUUAUACAAAUCAAAGGUUAUGAUCCAGAUCAUGGCUUAAAUGGUACUAUAUUGUAUCAAUUAAAUCCAUUGACUAAUGGUAGUCAAUAUUUUUAUUUAAAUGAAUCUAAUGGUAAAUUAUAUACAAAUUGGUUCAUUGAUUCAGCAUAUGAUUCCACAAUGAUUAAUAUGGAUACGAAUCCAUCAUACGAUGCACCUAUUGAAGGGAUCUAUCAUAUCAAGAUAUCACUUAAAGAUAUGGGUAUACCAUCUUUAUCAUCAAAUGAAACACAAUUUUUUAUUAAAAUUCAUUCAUUUAAUCAAUCGAUAAUCAAUUCGAAUCACAAGACAAUGACAUUAUGUUGUUUAUCAACCAAUAAAAAAGACCAAUAUUCAUCGAAAAUCGAUAAUAAUCAAUCGAUUUGGCCGGAUACAAAUAUCAUACAUCAAUCAAUAAAUGAUCAUCUAAAUGUCAAUACUACUAUUAAUACUACUUAUAAUGAUCCUUUUGAUUACACAAAUCAUUUACAUACAAAUCCAAUCUGUUCAUUACCUUUCUCAUAUGACACUGGUAACCAUAGCAACAACAAUAACACUAAUGAUUAUUACUACAAUAAUAAUAAUCAAUUGAUAGGACAAAAAUAUACUUCAUUCAAUACAUCAAAUCUAUCAACUAAUCAUUUGAGUAGUUCUAUGAAUGGGACAUUGAUAAAUGAUCAUCUUAAUCAUGAUGUAUAUUUACAAUCAUCAUUACAUAGAACAAUUAGAAAUUCUAUUGUUUAUCCAACAAAUAUGAACUCAUAUUUAUCACCUAUAUAUGAUCUUAGAUAUUAUGAUGAUCAAUAUCAAAAUCAACAAAGAAAUAUGAAAUUCUAA